ACGCCCGCGGCGGCGGCGGCGGCGGCGGCUGGAGCCCGGAUGCGGCGCCGGGAGGCAGGCCCGGGAGCGGCGCGGAUGGAUCCAACAUGGCGGCGCCGGGCUUGAGCCGAGAGAAGAGACCUGGGAAAUUAAGGUUUUUGCAGAGUAGAGUGGGGAUUGCAGCUGCUGAGCAGGGGAUCUGGAAGGUAUUGCACACCUGAGCCCCCAGCAUGGCCGGCCUAAAGCGGCGGGCAAGCCAGGUGUGGCCAGAAGAACAUGGUGAGCAGGAGCAUGGACUGUAUAGCCUGCAUCGCAUGUUUGACAUCGUGGGCACCCAUCUGACACACAGAGAUGUGCGUGUGCUUUCCUUCCUCUUUGUGGAUGUCAUUGACGACCAUGAGCGUGGCCUCAUCCGAAAUGGACGCGACUUCUUAUUGGCAUUGGAGCGCCAGGGCCGCUGUGAUGAGAGUAACUUUCGCCAGGUGCUGCAGCUGCUGCGCAUCAUCACUCGCCAUGACCUGCUGCCCUAUGUCACCCUCAAGAGGAGACGGGCUGUGUGCCCUGAUCUUGUAGACAAGUAUCUGGAGGAGACAUCUAUUCGCUAUGUGACCCCCAGAGCCCUCAGUGAUCCAGAACCGAGGCCUCCCCAACCCCCUAAAACAGUGCCUCCCCACUACCCUGUGGUGUGCUGCCCCACUUCCGGCCCUCAGAUGUGUAGCAAGCGGCCAGCUCGAGGGAGAGCCACACUUGGGAGCCAGCGAAAACGCCGGAAGUCAGUGACACCAGAUCCCAAGGAAAAGCAGACCUGUGACAUCAGACUGCGGGUUCGGGCGGAAUACUGCCAGCACGAGACUGCUCUGCAGGGCAACGUAUUCUCCAACAAGCAGGACCCACUAGAGCGCCAGUUUGAGCGCUUUAACCAGGCCAACACCAUCCUCAAGUCUCGGGACCUGGGCUCCAUCAUCUGUGACAUCAAGUUCUCUGAGCUCACCUACCUCGAUGCAUUCUGGCGCGACUACAUCAACGGCUCGUUGUUAGAGGCACUUAAAGGUGUCUUCAUCACAGACUCCCUCAAGCAGGCUGUGGGCCACGAAGCCAUCAAGCUGCUGGUGAACGUGGAUGAGGAGGACUAUGAGCUGGGCCGACAGAAACUCCUGAGGAACUUGAUGCUGCAAGCAUUGCCCUGACCUCCCCCUCACUUCUCUGGGGACUGUUCCCACCACCCAUCUCUGGAGCUUACAUACUGUUCUGGGGUUUGUUCUCUACCCUUCCAACCAAUCACACCCCUGCCUUUUUUUUUUUUUAAGGAAAAGACAAAGAAAAAUGGAAGUGGUGUCCCCCACCCUCCCUGCACCCAUGUGCCUGGGGUCCCCUGUUUCCCUUUUCCACUGACCCCCAAUGUGUGUGUCUACAGCCACCUUACCACUGAGCCAUAAGACAAAUGGAUAGGGAGAAGCAAAGUCUACAGAACAUGGUCUUUAUAAAGGGAUUGACGUGAGCACCGCUUGGGGUACACCGAGGGGGUGUCAGUACUUCUGGCUUUAGGAGGGUUCUUCAACUUUGUUUGAAAAACCAAAGGGCUGUGAGUAAGGGAGCCGUGUGGAAGGUGGGGCUCGGAAGUGUAUUUUGGAAAUUAAUCACCACCCUCUCCCAAAUUACAGAGUUUUUAAAAAAACAAAGACGCUGUGGCCCUCUCCACUCUCUCCUAGCCUCUGGUGCUGCUCCUCUGUCUCCUCUCCUCCAUUCCAUGGUUGAAACUUCUGCCUGGUGUGGCUCCUUCCUUUCCCCUUUGCCAGACCCUCUAAGGAGGACUGGGUAAGAGGACUAGGUCAGCUUGGCCACCUCCCGGCUGUGGUGUAUGUGUACAUGCACAGAAUGGAUGGAGAAGAGACUGCUAGUUAAAAUACACUCCCCCUGGAAAGGGGAAGGGGGAGUGUACUUCUUUCCUGCCAUGUUCACGUGAAAAUAAAUAAUGUAUCCUG